UAGAGGUCCUUCAAAGCCUGCUUUGGAUAUCCGCUUCAGUUCCCCUGCCAACAUUGAAAGCUCCGAAAUCCCACUGAUAUGAGUACGUGACUGAUGGUUUUCAGCCUCCUUGCAUCCACACAUCAAUCCCACGAUUGAAAGGAUGUCUCGUCCUGCUCCGUCCCCGAUUUACACUUUAAGAGGGGCUGGCAGUGCUCUUAACACCCUCCACUUCAGCUGCUGUGGAGGGGACACACCCCUCCUGUUUUCUGGGUCUGCAAAGGGUGCCAUCCACAUCUGGAACCUAAACAGCAGGAGGGCUGAGAAGAUCAUAGAGAGUCAUUCUGGUAGUUCAGUUAUUUGGGUCAACAUGCUGCAGUCAGCAGGUAACCUCAUCAGUCAGGGACGAGACAUGCUGGUCUGCCUGUGGGAUCUGAGCGAAGGCCGCAGUGAGCUGAUGGAGUCUGUGUGGACAGGCAGUGUUGGAUUCUGUCAGUGCUCCUUGCUGGAAACAGGCCUUGCAAACUCCCUUCUGGCUUUCGCUGGCCAACAGACGGAGGAGAUCAAAAUUAUUGAACUGCCCAGUAAGACCCCAGUCUGUACCCUGGUACCAGAAGCCAAGCUGGGAAUGGUCAUGUGCAUAAAACUGUGGCAGCCAGACUCGGGUCCUGGACCUCUGCUGUUGGCUGGAUAUGAAGACGGUUCCUUGUUGCUGUGGGAUGUAACACAGAGGUCUAAGCUGAGCCAAGUCAAAGCCCACCCUGAGCCCGUUAUGUGCCUGACCUUUGACCCCAAGUGUCUGAGGGGCAUAUCAGGCUCCUCUGAAAAGAAUCUCUCCUCCUGGAUGCUGGAUGGCCAGAACAACUUGCAGUUGCAGGACUGUGUGACGCUGGUCAACCCUGGAGUUUCUCAGCUGUGUAUCAGGGAGGACGGUAAGCUUCUGGCAUCAGCAGGCUGGGACCACAGAGUGCGGAUAUUUGGCUGGAAGAAGCUGCGGCCGCUGGCAGUGCUUCAGUAUCACACGGACAUGGUGCUCAGCGUGGCUUUCUCUGACCACGAGGACCAAAGACAAAGACUGCUGGCCGCCGGAUCCAAGGACCAGCGGAUCAGCCUGUGGUCAAUAUACAGUGAAGGAGCUGAGACGGGCUGAGUCUCUGAGCUCUGGGAGGGCAUACAGACUUUGAACAAGGCUUUCACAGCCAUCUGCGCUGAUGAAAUGUGGCCAUAGCCCCAGUUUGUGUACGGAAGUCACAGAAAUAAAUCAUCAGAGCUUGAAUGCUUGGAUAAAGUUGAAAAACAUUAAGUGUAUUUUUAAAAUGUGCCCAAAUUAUUUUUUUUUUUUUUAAAUCAUUUACCAAAAUGAUAUAUUUUCCAAGUUAUAUAGUUAUUUUUUAUGUCAAAUCUCAAUGUUAUAUAGUAAAGACAGUAAUACAGAAAUAAUACAUUUUACUUUUGGAGACUAAAAAUACUGUGAUUUUAUUAUUGCAUUUUAGUGCAACCUGUUAGCAGAUUUCUAUUAGACGAGCUGAAAUCCUUUCAGGUAGUUAAUUAAGCAGAAGUCGACUCCUUCAGCCUGCUGUUUGCUAAAAGCCUAACACGAUGCUCUGCCACUAUGUGAUUAUGUUGACUUGUCUGAUGGGAGAUUUGCUUCAGUGGACUUGAAUUUGAGGUAUACGACGCACCUGAGCACCUAUGUAAUCCUGUGUUGUUAUUCUAGCAGCUUUUAGCUUAACACACAGGCCCUCCUACCUGACCUGAGCUGUAUUUGUCAAACAAGGUUAAUCACGGCAGGGACAUGGAGAACAGAGAGGUGUUGAUUUAGUGGAUGUGCUGAUCAGUAGUUUCUUUCCCCAGUCAGAAUGAUCUGCUUAUGAGCCCAUUUACUUUUCUUGAUAAAUGUACUUUGCAUAGCAGAAACGGGAGAAAAACUAUAAAAUGACAUCACACCAACGUGCUGAUGUAGGUUCCAUUAAAAUAAGUUGUGGUAUAAAUUUCCCUUUCACCUUUGUAAUGACAAAUGCAGAUGCCUUCUCAGGAAAACAGUAUUUGUCAGGAAGGCCAAGAUAAUAAUGAGGUGUUUUUCUCUUCAUUGUCUCUAAUAAUAUCCCUGAGUAAGGGAGCAGAUUGGGAGCUUGUGUUAUAAUACUGUGUCCAGAGGUCAGGGGCCAUAGCUUCAAACGCUCAACGUUCUGCUUCAUAACGGCUCUGUCUCCUGGGAUGAUCCAUAGUUGAGAAGCUCAUCAUGCUGUACAGGAAAGUGCUGAGAAAUCAAAGAGCCAGAUGAGCAUAAUGGCCAGGAAUCAUUAGGGAGCAGAGGAAAGACGAGGUCAUUUGCCAGACAAGCUGCUUUGCUGCGAUGCUACUGUCAUGGAAAAAAGUAUUUUUUUUUUUUAAAGUGUUACUGCAGUUUUUUUUUCUCUCUAAAUUUGUGUUUAUGUAAGAUUCUGCUUGUCUGAAGAGCUAGAUUUUUUAAAAUGUGCUCUAUUAAAUAGUUUUACACCUUUCUUUAUAAGGUGGCAAGUUUAAGAAGUUGUUUACCAUGUUCACUGCAGAAGUCCAUCCAUACCUUUUGUCCCUGACCCCUCUGGUGACAUUUUGCUUUCAGAAUAGCUUCCUAAGUCUCCCGUUGUCUUUGAACAAACACUUGAGGUGGUGUGGACCAGCUUCCGUCCGUUCUCUGAUAAAUCAAAUACUGGGUCCAUUGGUGCAGAUGUCCUUUGAAUGGAGAAGACAGCAGCUCAUCAUCCUCAGAAAAAGCUGUUGGGCUGGCGGUAGUUGUCGUAAAUCACCUCAUAAUGGAUCAUUUAGGAAGUCAAUAAAUGGUUGGGGGGGACUAUCUGCACAAUAGGCCUUGUGCUUCACUUAUCACCUAACGUGUGUCUUCCCUGGCCUUUAGGGUUAUUUAAGGUUAGAGGUCAUCUUGGCUGUGGGAUGGGACAUAAUCCAGUAGGUUGCAUGGGUCUGCAAGUGUGUGUUGUUGAUGCUGUUUCUAUGUCAGCCUUAUAUUACCUGCUGAGACAUAAACCCUAAAUGAGUGGGGGAGUACAUCUUUAUGAAAGCAAUCCCUUCUGUAUAAGCCAAGAUCAAUGUUUAACCUGUAUGGUUAAGUUGCUUUUAAUUGCUUUACAUGUAUGUUAAAACAAACAUGUUGAGGCUUUUGUGUUAUGAUGUAUUACGAUGUUCCACAUAAAAUAUCCAUCAGCAACCUCAUGCACACCACAAGCUGAACCAUGUUUUGUAAAAAAAAAAAAAAGGAGGGGGGGAUAUGUGAAACACAUGUUCAGGAAUCAUGACUCUUCUAUUGUUUAGGGGUAGAGGUCCAGUUGAUUUACCUGGUUUGUUUUUAGUAACUGUCUGUGGAUCCUGCAGCAGGCUCAGCAGCAGAUAUUUACACCGAGUUGCAGCAAAUGCAUCAUAGCCUUGACAGGCCUGUCACAACAGAUGAUCCAGAUGAGUGUCAAGUGAUCUUCCAGGCUGCAUUAUCAUCCAUCUUCUACCUCUUCAUCCUUCAGGAGCCAUGUUCUUAUCACUGAGUUUUUUUUUUUUUUUUUUUUUUGCAGCUACAGACAUCUGAGCACACAAACGUUCAUGCAGUAUAACUGUGUGUGCAAAUAGAAAUCAAAAUGGUAAAGCUAUUCAGAUAACAAAUGGAAAAAAGUGUGUAUAUUUAGUGAAUACAGAUGUGCAGUACAUUUUAAUUUCUCCAGUAGGCGCAGUUUCCCAUAUUUUCCUCUGAGGGCUGCAAAUGUGGGUGUUAAUAUCAACUCUACUUGGACUGAUUCAUUCGGUACUACUCCAGUGACACCAGUUUAUUUAGUGUGUAUCUGAGUAUGCAGGAUACUCUAUUUAGUCUGAUAAAAAUAAACUGCUAUGAAUAGUGGUGAACUGAAGAAAACAUACAUGUACUCAGUAUUUAAUUACAAAUAAGAAAAUAUGUAUUUCAAUUCUACACUGUUUUUACUCUAUUCAAAUUUUAAAUAUAAUCAUACUUUAACUUUUAUUUUCUUUAUGUGCUGGCUUUAUUAUGUAUUUUCUAAGAUAUAAUAAUUUACAUAGUUUGCAAUUGAGAAUGUCUUGGGAAAUAUAUUGCAUUAUUUAAGAAUAGACUAAGUAUAAAUGCAUUACAUUACAAUGAUUAUAUGCUAAUGAAUGACUUAUUUGGUUAAAACUGAAAUGCUGCUGUAACAGUCCAUUAAAAACACAAAGUUGC